AACGCGGCGCAAAGGCGCUCAUUACUCGCUACGCGUUUUUUUGCCACAUCUCAUUGCGACUCCCACUCGCGAGCCAUGGUGAGACAUUCGACAGUCGUUGAAGCAUAUGGUAUACUUGGGAUUGAAGAGGAUUCAUCGCUGGAGGUGGUCAAGAGCGCGUACAAACAGCUCGCGCUCAGGACACAUCCAGAUAAGAAUCCGGGGAAUGAGGAUGCCACCGCCCAAUUUCAGAGAAUCAGUGAAGCAUACAACGUACUCGUCAAGCACCUAGAUCGGUCGUCGUCGCCUCCGCGCAGGCCACCACACAGCCAUUCGUAUAGCCCAUUCAAUGACGAUUCUGAUGACUACGACGAAUUUGACUACUACGAUGACUACGAUGACUACGACGAAGACUAUGAGGACCUGAACUUCUACAUGUUCUUAUUUGAGGAGCUGCUGAGGGGGAGGGCUAACCGUUACGCCAAUAUGCGCUACAAUCGCCAUAAGCCGACGGCGCCCGAGUCUCCAGAACAGUAUCAGGCGCGCAUCUCUCGUAUGCGAGAGGAGCAGGAACAAGCAGAGGCUCGUCGCAAGCGAGAGGAGGCUGCGCGAAAGGAGGCGCAACAAAGGGAACGGGAACGGGAGAGCAGACAGGCUGAGGAAAGACAGAGAGUCAAGGUCGCUCAGAAGAAGGCUCAGGCCGCCGCUUCCCAGAAGUCGGUUGAAGAGAAGGCUCGUACUCGGGAGCAACAUCUCCAACGUCUGCGCUCAGAGAUUUUCGCCGCCGCUCGUCGUGGGGAUUCGGCGCGAGUCAAGAAAGGCGUCUACGAGGAUAACGUCGACGCUGCCGGUGGUGAGAUCAGAAAGGGCGGUGAGAAGUUUGUCGAGACUCUGCCCAAUGACCCGCGAGAGACUUUGUUGCACAUCGCUGCGAAGUGUGGCGAUGCCGAGUUGGUAGAAUGGUUGGAUUCGCAUGGUGCCGAGUCAGAUGAACGAGACGGGCAAAAUUUCGCGGCAUUCCAUGUCGCUCUACAGGCUGGACACAUUUCGGUCGUCAAGUAUUUCAUAUCCACCUACGAGCCUCAGGACUCCGAUCACGAGGACAUCUACAGGCGACCUGAGCCUAGCUCGCUUCUCAGACUUGCUGUGGGUUCACGUGAACCGGAAGCCGUUUGGACGGUACUUGAGAACCGGCUAGCCACUCAAGAAGACAUAGUUGCAGAGUGGCCAUUCGUGAACUCUGCUGCUGGCAAGGCGACCAUUGUCGGAACAGGCGGAAGGAAACAGGAAGGCAAAUAUGAGGAGAUUCGGAACCUCCUCGUCACCUACGGACACCUCCCGCCUGAGAGCCAAGCCACGGAGCCACAGUCGUCAGAGGCAAGGACUACGAAUGGUCGCGCCGUAAACGGCGGAACCUCGCGACCAGCCACACACUUCAAUUCCCGCAAGUCGCCGUAUCCGUCACCACCGCCAGAAGCAGGGGAGGAUGGCUAUGCCCAUCAAGAUACAUCGAGUUCAGGGAGAGGAUACCGUGGUCAGCCACGCUACAGGCGACCGUACAAACAGUACCACCAGCACCGCCACGAUUCCCCUUCCACGGCCUCCGACCGCGCUUCGUCCGACGAGAUACCUCCCAGUCCCGUCACCGAUGCGUCUUUACAGAACCAGCCACCGUAUGCGCGGGGGCGUGGUCGUGGCAGAGGUGGCUAUCGCGGUCGAGGCAGGGGCAGGGGCCGUGGCGGAGGCCAGGCUCCUUCAUAACUACUCUUUGACUGCUGGAUCCCUUCCCUGUGUUGUCCUUGUUCCAUUACCCCAAAACGGCCUUCACUGCGCAUGCCAACAUUCAUGACCUGGGCAGCCCGUC